AUGAUCGUGGUUUUGAUACAUCGUCAGAAGCUUAGUCUUUCCAAGACAGCUUAUCAUGCGUCUCUUUCUCCUUGUUCUGUAAAUAUUCAGUUGCAUAACAGACAUUUUGCAGCUGCUACAAGGCCUGAAAAGAAAACGAAAAAAGAUCCCAAAGGAAAAGCAUCAGAUGAAAAACAAGAUGAGAUAGAAAAGAUAAAGUCAUACCACUACAUGGAAGGUGAGCCUGAAGAUGAUGUCUAUUUGAAAAGAUUAUACCCAAGACAGAUAUAUGAUGUGGAGAAAGCUAUCCACCUACUUAAGAAAUAUCAAAUUCUGGACUUCACUUAUCCAAAGCAAGGUGUUUAUCUUGAUUUGACAUUGGAUAUGUCACUACAAAAGAAGAAAAAAGUGGAGCCAUUUGCCAGUGUCCUUCGUUUUCCAUACCCAUUCACUUCAGAAAUCAAUAAAGUUGCUGUAUUCACUGGGAAUGCAUCAGAGACCAAAAUAGCAGAAGAAAAUGGAGCUGCGUUUGCAGGAGGAACUAAUCUGAUACAGCAAAUUUUGGCUGAUGAGCUUCAUGCAGACUUUUAUGUAGCUGUUCCAGAAAUAAUGCCUGAGCUUAAUCCACUAAAGAAGAAACUGAAAAAAAGAUUUCCAAAACUUGCUCGAAAAUCCAUUGGCCGUGACAUCCCCCAAAUGCUUGAAUUUUUCAAAACUGGACAUGAAAUUGUAGUAGAUGAAGAAAAGGAGAACUUUCUCCAGACCAAAAUAGCAACAAAACAGUCCUUUGACAAUGCAAGUGAAAAUUUAACUUCUAGAAUUUCACAAAAUGAGACUGCCAAUAUGAAAGCAGUUAUCAGUGAUGUUUGUAAGCACAGACCGCUGAGUUUGGGACCGUUUGUGAUACGUGCUUUCCUUCGUAGCUCAACAAGCGAAGGUUUGGUACUAAAGAUUGAGCCUUUGUUGCCUAAAGAAGCAGAAACCCAAACAUCUAAUAAAGAAGCUGACUAA